ACAAAACUACAAAAAAUAAUUUAAAAAAUGGGUUUAUUAGAAACAACAGUACCUAUACGAAGGGUGACAACGCCAAUUGCUCCCGUAUUUCCAGAAAAUACAACAUUGCCAAACUUUGAACCCACAGAAGAGGGAAGUUUUUACAUACUAAUACCACUGGGUGUGCUAUUGGGCAUUAUAAUAUUAUCAUUACUGGUUUAUCUAAUGGCCAGUCAUAGAAGACGUUUGGUACACAUGUAUUGUAAGAAGCGUCAGGGCAGACGUUUCCUAUACGAUGACAACGAAUAUGAUUCCCCGUUAGAACAAGAUCCAGAUGCUGUAGAAGAAGAGGAAGAUGAAGUAGACAAUGAAGAUAAUCCAACGAAAAGUUUACUAAGAGGAAAAUUGCAAAUUAAUAAUCGAUAUGAAAACUAUUUAAGUACUUCGCAUCUCAACAGAUCUUCCGAAUUAUUUACUUAAUAAAAUGCCUUAUUCAAGUAUUAUUUAUCAACAGUAUUAAAUGAAGAAAACAACUGCUGCUAGUCAACACAAAUAUAUCUACUGCACCAAACGAACAUUCCAAAAUAUCAAAUAAUAACAAAUAACGAACAAUUAUAUUCAAUUUUAAAGUAAUAUUUAGAAAAAAUUUAAUAAUAUACAUAUUUAUCCAUUUAUUUUAGCAUCUAUAACAAAAA